CAUUAUUGGACUCAACCUGUGGGUCAUUCAGCCACGUAUUUGCACAACAUUGUGUUUGGCACGUGUUCCACUGACCGAACUCUUUUUCAGCUUUUAGUUGGAAAGGUCAAUCGUAGAUGCUCUGCAGACUGUCGCGGCUAAAUGUUUGGCAUUGAUGAAUGUUCUGAAGAACAAACACUUCUUCGUUCGAGCAAAGCGUUGUUGUUACUUUCUUCGACAAGUUAUAAAGGCUGCUGAUUGCAGACGGGUUCAUACAGUGUAAAUCAGAGGGUGUGUUCGUUACAAUUUGAUUGCGAACCACCCAAAAAGAUGCGAGAUAAUAUACUUUGGCUGUUGGCUGCACUCGUGGCCCUACUGACGGUGACCACCGUUACGGCGUUCGCGAAUAAUUCAAAUGCGAUCUACACCUGGGAGGGUGGCCGCAUCGAGUGGCCAUGUCCAACGACAAAACGAUUGGUUAAGGCUGCUGCGAAGUACACUCCGAAGGAUAUCAUCGCAAUGGCUUGCGCAAGAAGUGGCGAUAAGACCCUUUGCGCGAUGCCUCGAUACCGGAAUAGCAUUCCGAUAACCCUGGGGCAAAUUUACGCUACGAAGAGGGGUUGUGAUGUGAAGUUUGAACCAUUCCCGUGUUGGACCGAACAGGAAGAGAACAACUGCAAUUCGCUGCAGUCGGUUAUUGAUAUCUACGCCACCGGUGACUUCGUAUGGGUCCUGGAUAGUGGAAUACUCAACGCAUUGAGGAGUCCCAUUCAAAGAUGCCCAGCCAAGAUCGUAGUCUAUGAAUCCAAAACAAACAAAAAGAUGAAAACGAUCAACCUGGCCAGGUACGUUACUGAAAAGUCUCGUCUUCAGUACAUGCAGGUCGAAUGCCUGAAGGGUGGCCAAUGCUUCGUGUACAUCAGCGAUGCUGGAAACAAUGCCAUUAUCGUUUAUGAUGUAUCCGGAGGUCGCGGUUAUCGGGUAGUUCUGCCGAAAGCCGUUCAUCAUGGUUGUCGCUUCCGAGAUGUUUUGUACAUUUUCUUGUCAUAUCACAAGGAAGGUACGAAGCUCUAUUUCACCUAUCUCGGCGGACGAAGACUAUUCGCUAUCCGCACUGAUCACCUACGGAAAGGACAUGGUGGUAAUAUUGAAGAUAUUGGAGAAAAGCCCGGUUCCUACAUUUACAUAGGAUCGGACGGAGCCACGGGGGUAUUUUUCCGGGAGGAAGGCGACAGCAAUGUUUUCUUCUGGGACACGAAGCAGUGUCUGAAGAAAUCCAACUUCAAACUGGUGUUCAAGAGUAGCGAGGGAUUGUACGCAACGGAUGUGUUCCCAGACCACGAGAUCAACCGCUUCCUCAUACUGGAAUCGGAUUUCCCCGGUUACAUGGAGGAAAAGGCUGGAUGUGGUACGCUGCAUCAAAUCUCGCUGCUGGAUGGAACUGCUUGUUGAACAUAUUGUGCUUUGGAGUAUAACUCAUUAACUACAAUGCAGUUGUUAAAAGAGCAGCACUCACGUUGUGAUAGUGUUUAGGAUAAGUAGUACAUAGAUCCCAAGUAAGAUACAAUAAAUC